UUUUUUUGUCCGCUAGAGGGCGGCGUGACAUUUGACAUUGACGUAAGGUGCGUAAUGUCAAAAAAAUUACUUUAAUUACAAAAAAACGAUUAAAAUCAUGUCUGGUGCCCUUAAAUUGUACAGUUUGAGUCGAUCAGUCUCUGGUCGCCCCUCAAUUUUUCUACGAGCAUGUGGACAAAAUCGCUUGAAAAGUACCUCAAAAGGUGACUACAUUAACGUAAAUCCGGGUGAACCUGGGAUGAGUUUGAAUGAAGUUUCAGACCGAGCUGCUCAGAAAGUAUUUUUCACCGAAUUGGUUCGCGGUUUUGGGGUAACACUAGCCCACAUUUUUAAGGAACCGGCCACGAUUAAUUACCCGUUUGAGAAGGGCCCCCUGAGCCCCCGUUUUCGAGGGGAGCAUGCCUUAAGACGGUAUCCUUCAGGUGAAGAGAGAUGUAUCGCUUGUAAAUUAUGUGAGGCGAUUUGUCCGGCACAGGCUAUCACUAUUGAAGCCGAAGAACGUGCCGAUGGUUCGCGGAGAACAACUCGUUAUGAUAUUGAUAUGACAAAAUGUAUUUAUUGUGGAUUUUGCCAAGAAGCGUGUCCUGUGGAUGCUAUUGUCGAAGGCCCCAAUUUUGAGUUCUCGACUGAGACGCAUGAGGAGUUGUUGUAUAAUAAAGAGAAAUUGUUGAAUAAUGGGGAUAAGUGGGAGUCGGAAAUCGCGGCGAAUAUCCACGCCGAUCAUUUGUAUCGUUGAGAUUGUAAAAUAGUACAAGAAUUAGUUGGAAUAAAUUAGUUUAAUCGGAAAAAA